GGCAGCGUGGGGGUGGAGGGGCGUAGUGCCACCCCGGGCUUGCCAAGCCUAGUGGGGCAGCGCGCAGCCCCUCGGCGGAUGCCCUUCGGGUGAAGCCAGACUCAGUACCCAGUGAGGGGCGGCUGGAGUAAGAACAGACCCGGGCUGGGGGUCGGCGUAGAGCGAGACCCCUGGACGAGACCUGGAGCCGGAGUUUAGCAUUUUUGCCGCGCGCAGAGAGGAGGGUUAGGGGCUGCCCCUGGGGCGGUGGCCUGCAGACCCAGGAGCCGGGGUGUCCAGGCUCGCUCCAGGCUCCCGUCUGACUGUCACCAUGCUUGCGCGCCUGCACCACGUCUGACAGCUGGCCGGGUGAUGACUGCGCCCGAGGUAGGGAUGUGUGACAGGAGCCGCAUGGCCUCCACCCUGCGCUACUGCCUGACGGUCAGCGGCAUGGUGGUUCUGGUGGCCGGGACGCUGUGCUUCGCUUGGUGGAGUGAGGGGGAUAUGGGUGCCCAGCCAAACCAGUCAACCCCACCCACUGGGCACCCCACUCCCAAGGCACCCAGUACUCUGCUCAGGUCGGUUAGCUUCUUCUGCUGUGGCGCAGGUGGCCUGCUGUUGCUCUUGGGCCUGCUAUGGUCUGUCAAGGUCAGCACCUGGGGUCCACCUGGAUGGGACCCAUACUACCUUUCCAGAGACCUGUACUACCUCACUGUGGAGCCCUUGGAGAAGGAGAGCUGCAGGACCCCAGAGCUGGUUGCCAUCCCCACCUAUGAGGAAGCUGUGCACUACCCCCUGACUGAGGUUUCCCCGCCACCACCUGCAUACCCGAUGGAGGAAGGCCUAAAAUGCAACAUCUAUGGAGACCCCCUUCUUGGGACCCAGCACCCCCUGCCUCCCCCUAGCUAUGAGAGCAUCAUCCUUGGUGUUGAUGGCACCUCUGGAGAGACAACACCUGGAGCUGCAUGCUACUACUACCCAGGCCCGGUUCAGACUGCAGGGGAGGAGCCCAGUGUGAUUCAAAGUCAGUAUAAGUGACAAGCUCUUCUAGUGUCUAGCACAAUGCCUGGCACACAGUAGGCGCCCAACCAGUGUUUGUUGUGGAGUGCUGGUUUAGUUAUCUAUUGCUGUUAACAAAUGGCUUCAAAUAAAUGCAUUUUAUUAUCUCUCAUGAU